AUGCCGUCAGCACGACGAAAGCUCACCGAGGCGAUACGCGAAGAUGAGGGCGGAGACGAUGGCGAAAGUAGAGCGUCUAUGGUAGCUCGAAACACCUCUAGUGCCAAGCAUCAAAGCCUCGGCUCCGACCUCUUGGAUAACGAGGAGUUCAAGACAAAGACAUUCAAGGACCUCGGUCUGUGCCGCGAGCUAUGCAUGGCAUGUGCCGAGGCUGGCUGGCAGCACCCGACUCGUAUUCAGGCCUCCACCAUCACCGUCGUCGCCGAGGGCCGCGAUCUCAUUGGUGUGGCGCAGACUGGGAGCGGCAAAACGGGUGCCUAUGCACUGCCCCUGGUGAACUGGCUGCUGACCCAGCCGAAGACGCCGUACCUCUCCGUCCUCGUGAUGGUGCCCACGCGUGAGUUGGCGCAGCAGGUGACAGCUCAGUUUUUGCUGCUGGGCCGAAGCGUGGGACUGCGUGUGGCGACGCUGGUGGGUGGUGCAGACAUGGUUGAGCAGGCCUGUGAGCUGAGCAAGCGGCCGCAUGUCAUCGUCGGAACCCCUGGUCGUGUGAAGGACCACCUCAGCAACACGAAGGGCUUCAAGCUCGUGAAGCUGCACGCCUUGGUGCUGGACGAGGCGGACAAGAUGCUCGAUAUGGAUUACGAGAAAGAGAUCGAUGCCAUUCUGGAGCAGCUGCCGCAGGACCGCCGCACAAUGCUAUUCUCCGCUACACUAAGCACCAAGGUUGACCGUCUCCAGAAAGCAUCGCUUCGGGACCCGGUGCUCCUGCAGGUGCACCGCAAGAACACCACUGUGGACACGCUCAAGCAGUACUACAUCUUUGCUCCGUUUGCGCAGAUGCUCUCCUACCUGCAUCUCUUUCUAACAAAGGAGACAGGCAACCACAUCCUCAUUUUUUGUCGAAGCGCUGCACUGGUGCAUAGGAUUACACUGGCGCUCCGCACCUUGGGGCACCGCGCGUUGCCUUUGAUGGGUCGCAUGGACCAAAGUAACCGCAACAUUGCGCUCACCAAGUUCAAGGAGGGCAAGGUGCGGAUGCUGAUUUGCACCGAUGUUGCGCAGCGUGGUCUGGACAUACCGCACACGGACGUUGUCGUGAAUUUCUCGCUGCCUGAUCACGUCGAGGACUACAUCCACCGCGUGGGUCGUACAGCUCGCGCUGGGGCUGAGGGCAAAGCCGUUAACCUCAUUAGCCAGUACGACAUUGUGCUGCUGCAGAAGAUUGAGCAGCAAACGGGCGUCAAGUGCGUCGAGUACCCCUCCCUCCCGGAGAGCGAGGUGCAGCUGGUGCUUCAGCGUGUUGAGGAUGCAGAGCAGGAAGCCAUACGCGAAAUCCGCGAGGAUGCUGGGGAGAGGAACUUGGAGAAAGAGUCGCGGCAGCUGACGACAGCGCGGAAAGGCAAGCGAGACCGUGGCGACACUGACAUGGGCUACGAUGAUGCCAAGCACGGUACGAGCGACUUUGCAACGCUGCGCAUGCGUCGCGAACACGAGUCCAUCUUCGAGAUGACUAAAAAGGAACAACACAGGUCUCUGUGGGCGAAACGACGGGAGGCAAAGAAGCACGCGAAAUCUCGAUAG